AUGGCCGAUUUCUUCAACAUAAAAGCGCGGCAAGCCAAUGCUGCCAAGGCUAGCUCAUCGAAAGCGCCCACAACGAAGCAAGAGCCCAACCGCAUGCAGCCAUGGGUCGAGAAAUACCGCCCCAAAACUCUCUCCGAAGUCACAGCCCAAGACAACACCAUCCAAAUCCUGUCCCGCACAAUGCAAUCCUCCAACCUCCCACACAUGCUCUUCUACGGGCCCCCAGGAACCGGGAAAACCUCCACCAUCCUCGCCCUCGCCAAGGAACUCUACGGCCCCGAACUCAUGAAAUCACGUGUCCUCGAACUAAACGCCUCGGACGAACGUGGCAUCAGCAUCGUGCGGCAGAAAGUGAAAGAUUUCGCGAGACAGCAGUUGAGUGUUGCGCCGAACCACACCGUCAUGGUCGAGGAUAAAGACGGUAGUGAGGGGGGCAAGACGGUGCGGUAUAGAGACAAAUAUCCCUGUCCACCGUUCAAAAUCAUCGUGUUGGAUGAGGCGGAUAGUAUGACGCAAGAUGCGCAGUCUGCGCUGCGUAGGACCAUGGAAACAUACUCACGUAUGACGCGCUUCUGCCUUGUGUGUAACUAUGUAACUCGCAUCAUCGACCCCCUCGCGUCCCGUUGUUCCAAAUUCCGCUUCAAGAGCUUAGACCAAGGAAACGCUGUGAAGCGUGUAGGCGACAUUGCGAGACUCGAGAAGGUGGAGUUGGAAGACGGUGUUGCAGAAGAGUUAGUGCGCGUCGCAGAUGGAGAUUUGAGAAAGGCAAUCACAUUCUUGCAGUCUGCGGCUAGACUUGUUGGCGCUGUUGUUGCAGCAAACGGCCAUAAUGCUGGGGCGGGAGGAGGAAAGAAGAAGAAGGAGAAGGAGAAGGUCGUCGCAGACGAAGAUGAAAUGGACAUUGAUGGAGCAACACUUGUACCCCCACCAGCAGUCUCCCUUCCCAUCAUCGCUGAGAUUGCGGGUGUAUUACCUCCCGACACACUAUCCUCCUUCAGCGACAGCCUUUUCCCCAGGUCUUCAGCGAACAAGGUCGUGCGGUAUGCGGAGAUUGCCAAAGUCGUGGAGAACAUGAUUGCGGAGGGGUGGAGCGCGAGUCAGACCGUGGGCCAAUUGUACGAACAGAUCAUGUUUGAUGAAAGAGUCGAGGAUGUGAAGAAGGUUAGACUCGCCGGCGUGUUUAGUGAGACAGAUAAGAGGCUUGUGGAUGGUGGGGAUGAACAUCUUGCUGUGCUGGACUUGGGGGUCAGGGUUGCUGGGGUGCUUUGUCUUUGA